CACACCAGCUAGACAGUGUUAUGAUAAACGGCUUUCGUGAGCAGGAUUUGUUGGAAUUGCGGGUAAUAUCGAGCUUAAAUUAUUAUUUUUAAAAAUAAUCUUAGUUUACAAUCUGUUAUAAUUAUAUAUUUGUGAAAGUUGUUCCGAUAGUUCAUCAUUUCUAGCCAUCGAAAAAUUAGCUAUGAAAAUUCAGCUCAUUGGUCCCCUCCGCAAGGACUGUCCUUACCGUUUUAGUGCCCUUGGCAAGAACUUUUCUUAAUCUCUUAAGUGCCCUCAACAAGGACUAUCCUUAACCUCUUAGGUGCCCUCAACAAGGACUGUCCUUAACCUCUUAGGUGCCCCCAACAAGGACUGUCCUUAACCUCUUAGGAGCUCUCAACAAGGACUGUCCUUAACCUCUUAGGUGCCCUAAACAAGGACUGUCCUUAAACUCUUAGGUACCCUCGACAAGGACUGUCCUUAACCUCUUAGGUGCCCUUGACAAGGACUGUCCUUAACCCCUUAGGUGCCCUCGACAAGGACUGUCGGUUAAUCUCUUAGGUGCCCUCGGCAAGGACUUCCUUAACCUCUUAGGUGGCCUUGGCAAGGCCUUCCUUAACCUCUUAGGCGCCCUCGGCAAGGACUUCCUUAACCUCUUAGAUGCCCUCGGCAAGGAUUUCCUUAACCUCUUAGGUGGCCUUGGCAAGGACUGUCGUUACCCUCUUAGGUGCCCUCGGCAAGGUCUGCCCUUAGCCUAUUAGGCGCCCUUAACUAGAUUUGAUCGUAGCUCCCGUGGCGCCCUCAGCAAGGAUUAGUCUUAGACUCCUACAAUUUUCGGUCGGAAGUGGUUGUAGAAACUAAAUUCUGAAUUUGGCAGCGUCUUUCCUGUGUGCAAGAUAGCUUUGCCCAUUGCAUGAGAACACUGUGUUGAGUUUUAAUUUACUUGACGUCUGAACGUUGUGAAACGUAUCAAUAAAAAUACAAUUAAAUGAUAUCCGUGGGUUACAAUCUAACUUAGUGUAACCUAUUAUAUAAUUUGUACAAAAAAUAAUCUUAAUCAUACUGUUGGUCUUCUUAAAAUUUAAGGAAGUUCGAUUGGUCGAAACUUUGUUCAACGCACGAGCCACGAAUUAAAGCAUGAUGGAUGCGAUCAUGUGACCGGCGCCACAGCUGGACAUCCAACACUUUAACACUGGUUUCGAAGACAGCUGGAUUUGUUUGGAGAUGAAAUUGUUGACCAGGCUGAAGCGUCGGACGUGUUCUUCUCUGCUGCCAUCUCUCGGUUUUGUAGCCAUCGUCUCCAUCGGUGCUUUGAUGUGGGGGAUGACGUCGCAGAUCCCGUUCUACACGUCAAGUGGGGUGGGCGAAACUCUCGAUACCAAACUGCGAGCUCUCGUCCGGGGUGACGUCAACAAAGAUGACUCUGAUUACUACACCGACAGUUUUGUCAUACCGACGAGCAGCCACAACGCGCUGCCGUACAACAACACCUCGCGGGCGGAUGCAAAAGGUGGCCUUAAUCGAACCGGCGCCGCCCCGUCCAACAUUAAAUAUUUCUCCCCGCCCCCCAACGACGCCCCGAUCAGGAGAUUCCCGAAAGCCCUGAUCAUCGGCUUCGGUAAAUGUGGCACGCGAGCCCUGCUGUCCUUCCUGUCCAUUCACCCUUACAUCACCGCCCACGGCUCGGAGGUGCACUUUUACACGUCAGAUAAGCUGUUCGCCAAGGGAUAUAAGUGGUAUCUUAAUGAGAUGCCCUUUUCAUACAGGUGAGUGGAGUCAAAGGAGUCGUGGGAGGGGGGGGGGGUAGCAAGUCAUUGUGACGUGAGAAUUCCGGUGUGGGCUUGGCCCUGGUGGUUGGUGUUUGAUGGGUUUGUUCCUCUGACAUUUUCGCCGAUGCUUUGAUUGAGUGAGGAGGCAGCCAGUCUGACAGCCCCAAAAUGUCAAAGUAUUGUUACAGUUCCUGGAAACGUUUCUUCAAGGAUCCCAACGCCUGGUCUACUAACCACAAGAGAUAUUCUGUCCUGAAAUAUUCUUUAGGAGUCGUUUGUGUCUCGCCUCUAGACUCAUAUUCAAGCUGUCUCUUGCCUCUAGACUCAUAUUUAAACUGUCUAUUGUCUCUAGACUCAUGUUCAAAUUGUCUUGUCUCUAGACUCAUGUUCAAACUGUCUCUUGUCUCUAGACUCAUAUUCAAACUGUCUCUAGACUCAUAUUCAAACUGUCUCUUGCCUCUAGACUCAUAUUUAAACUGUCUAUUGUCUCUAGACUCAUGUUCAAAUUGUCUUGUCUCUAGACUCAUGUUCAAACUGUCUCUUGUCUCUAGACUCAUAUUCAAACUGUCUCUAGACUCAUAUUCAAACUGUCUCUUGCCUCUAGACUCAUAUUUAAACUGUCUAUUGUCUCUAGACUCAUGUUCAAACUGUCUCUUGCCUCUAGACUUAUGUCUCUUGUCUCUAGACUCAUAUUCAAAAUGUAUCUUAUCUCUAGACUCAUAUUCAAACCGCGUCUCUUUCUUCGCCAAUUGUGGCGCUCUUUAAAGAUAUUUUCGCAUUAUGUUCUUUCACCAUAAAAAAAAAAAUUCUAAUAAAUUAACUCUUUGAUAACUUUCAUAGAAAGGAAAAUACAUCUUUCACCCUUAAUUUUGGCAUUAAAAAAUAGAGACACUUUUUGUCAAUCUAUAUUAUUAAGACUAUUACCUCCGUUAAAAAAGGUCCUGUUAUUCAAAGUUUUAUUAGACUACACGUUGAAGGAUCUAUAUUUUAAUUUUCAUAUAUUUAUAACUUCAAAUUUUUUUUAAAAAAAGGCUUAGCGUUUUGAAAUUAAAAUUUAAAAAAAAAAAAAAAAAAGUUUAUAUUAUAAAUAAUUUUAUAUUUUUAUUAUUUUUUCUUUAUUUUUUACGUCUAUUGAUGAACCCCCCCUACUCGGAUAUUUUAUUUUAAAAUCACACAAGGAGCCAAAUAAUUUUAUAUUUUUAUUAUUUUUUCUUUAUUUUUUACGUCUAUUGAUGGACCCCCCCUACUUGGAUAUUUUAUUUUAAAAUCACACAAGGAGCCAAAUAAUUUUAUAUUUUUAUUAUUUUUUCUUUAUUUUUUACGUCUAUUGAUGGACCCCCCCCUAUUUUUUUUUUUUUUUUUUUUUUUUUUUUUUUUUACUUUUAUUGAUGGACCCCCCCCCCCCCCUACUUAGAUAUUUUAUUUUAAAAUCACACAAGGAGCCAAAUAAUUUUUGUUUAGAUUUUUCAACCUCACCUAAUUUUCGGUGUUUGUUUCUUGUGUGGUUUCCAUUGGAGUGGUCAUUGUUGAUACACAUCCUUAUCUGUAUUUGUUGAAGACACGGAUUAUACCUUGGACAUGUGUAACGGCUUCAUCAAGUUUCGCGCGUCUGACCAUAGAGUGGGAUCGUACGGGAAUCGGACACACUACAUUUUUGAUUAUCUUAUACCCCCUAAUAUUGUAUUGACUGGAAGUUACGAACUAGGAGUAGGCACGGCUUGGCGAUGUUAAAUAAUAUAUAAUAUUAUAAGGAGGCCCCAAAGAACUUUAAAAAAAAUCAUUUAAAAAGAGACAUUUCUUCAACUUUUGAAGCGAAACGAAACAUUCUCAAAAAGUAUGAUUUUAAAAUAUUUGUGUUUAAUUUUUAAUUUUGUGUGUGGCCUUGCUUGCAUUUGAACAUUCAUAAUCAUAAACAGGAGAAAAUAAAGAAGUGGUGCGAAUGACAUACAAUAAAACCAACACAACAUAUAGGAGUAUGUGUCACGUGACAAAGAGUUCUAUACACUUGAUAAAUACAUAUUCAUACGCAACGGUUUUCAAUUCUUUCUUUUUUAUGAAGUGGCUAUUCGGACCCGGGUGUCAGAAGUGAGAGGUUGGGAUUAAAAAAUAAUCAAAAUAUUAUUGUUGGGUUUGUAAGACAAAAUUUGGUAUCAAAUGAAAGAUAAUUGAAUGGACUAUAUGUUUGUUAAUUUACUUCAUUUUUUUUUUUUCUAAAAUAAACUACUAAAAAGGACAUGCGAAUGGCAUUUAGUCUUAAGGGACCCGGGUCCGAAUAGCGGCUAUGCGUACCUUAUUGUUUAUUGUUGUUCGUCCUUCACAUGCGAAGAUGACCAGAGCUAUAUUACACGGUGAGUGCACUGGUGGCCUGUCCUUAACAAGGGUGACCUUGAGAGGGGAUUUUGAAAAGUAAGCUUAGAAUUCAUUCAUGAAUUAUUAUUUUUUAAAUGUAUGUCGUAAAAUAUGAUAUGUCGUAAAAAGAUGAUAUGUUGAUGGGGAUAUCUCCUCCACAGCAACCAGAUCACCAUCGAGAAAUCCCCGGACUACGUCUGCUCCCGCAGAGCUCUCCAGGAGAUUUCAGCCCAGUUCCCUGACAUCAAGCUCAUCAUUCUGGUCCGUAACCCUGUCGAACGCCUCGUCUCUGCCUACCUGCAGCGGUGCGUGUCCUCUACUUUAGUUCAAUUCAUUCCAAUAGCAUCAUCCCUGCCGUAUUUCUGUAUGGAACUAAAUGUUCAACGGAAACAACCUUUUAAAGGAGCGCAGACUUUUCAAAAUAUGCAGGGGCGUCCCUUUUAACAAUUAGCAUUUCAUUGCCCCUAAUAUUAUAUGAGGGUUGUGUUGGUGGUUUUUUUUUUCGUUUUUGUUUUCUUUUCCAAAUGAGCUUUUGGAAGAAUUUUUUUUUUUUAAUUAGAUUUCCGUUGCCUUCUCCUUAGCCCCUAUGUAGCUCAUGUGUAGUCAGCGUAUGCCUAAGAAUGGGCCUGAUCAGGCUAGGGGAUUUCAGUGGAGUAGCUAUAGUGUUAUUACUUCAGGAUGCAUGCGUGUCCCCGUCAGUGUACAUGUGUGUCGCCUUCAAAGUGCACGUGUGUUACCUUCAGUGUGCACGUGUGUUCCCUUCAAUGUGCACGUGUUUACCCUUCAUUUUUUUUUUUUGGGGGGGGGCGAUGUUCUACAUCACGUGGUAAAAAUAACACAUAACAUUCUUAAAACGCAUGACCUACAUUUAUUUGUUUUCAUCUGAAUUAAAAUUCAAAGGGAAAUUAUAGGUCAUCAUGAAAGCUUUCUAUUCUAUGUCUAUAAAAACCCUUUUCAGAUAUCGGUUCAAGGAUUCCCGAGAACGCCCUCCCCUUAGGACGAUAUACAUCAACAAGACCACCAACAGAUUUGACCCGACCAUCAACGCCGUCAACAUCGGUGUGUACUACAGGUUCUUGUUGCCGUGGUUCCACAACUUCCCGCGCGAGCAGCUGCUCGUCCUCGACGACGAGACCUUGACCUCUGACCCCUUGCGCAUACUGAAAAGGGUGGAGAAGUUCCUCAAGCUUCCGCCGAUGCUGUCAGAGGACAACUUCUACUUGAACGCGACCUGGGGUUUUUACUGCUUCAAGAGGUUUGACGCGCAGGCGCAGCCCAAAUGUAUGAACAAAUUCAAAGGCGUGAAACAUCCGGACCUUCCGAAAGCCGACGAGGAGAUGCUGUACGCCUUCUACAGGCCCCACAAUGAGAGACUGUUUAAGCUCAUCGCCCAGAGGUUUGACUGGGAGAAGAAGAGUCAGGACAAGACCUCCAGCAACACGUCCCUCAUUCUAGAUUAUGAUUGAUGUGUGUAUAUGUGCGUAUAGCAAUCUGUGUGCGGAACGUCCCUGCUUCUUGUUCAAGUUGUAGUUGAUAAACCAUAUUAUCCUGUUUCGACCCGUAUGUUGUUAGUGGCGCUAUCUUGGGCGAUUUAUAACCCCCGGCCCCAUCCUCACAAAUCCUAAGAUAAAUUUUAGACACCUUCGUCACACACAGUGGCGUCUCGAGUGUUAAUGCCACCCGGGGGGGGGGGACCAAGUGUUUUCCCGCACCUUUUCCAACGAAAAAUAAAACUCUCUCCAGUUCGCUAACAAUCUCACCCCCCCCCCUCAAUAUAAAGGUUUAAAAAAAGUGACAACGCCCCCGGGAGUACCUAUCCCUCCGAACCCCCCUUCCUAAGCAACUGGGUCACACAUUUUCACAAAUAUGUCCCCCCCCCCCUUGUUUUGUGCUGGGGCCGGUCCAGUGGAACCGGUUGUUAAAGUUUGACUAUGUUAAAGUUGUCACCAUGAUAAAAACAACAUAAAAAAAACAAAAAAAAAACAUUGACGUACCUCACCUGUUGUUGCCAAGUACCGAACCGGUUGUUGCCAAGUACCUGACCGGUUGUUGCCAAGUACCGAACCGGUUGUUGCCAAGUCCGAACCGGUUGUUGCCAAAUACCGAACCGGUUGUUGCCAAGUACCGAACCGGUUGUUGCCAAGUACCGAAACCGGUUGUUGCCAAGUACCGAACCACUGCCCCGCCCCCUAAAUCUAUGUCGUUAUAAUUUGUAGAUGGCCCUAAGAGUGAUUAGUAGUUGUGAGGCAAAAGUUGUCCUGGCUCAAGUUCUAGGUAAUGACGCAUGUUUCGCUAGUCGUGUUAGUAGUAAGAAGUCGUGUGUGAUUUGUUCCUUUUUAUGCGUUUGAAUUUUGAAUAAACACAAUUGAAG